UCCGGAACUCUAUCACACCAAGCAUGCUGCGUGCAGACCCUUCCACCGGCAGCUGCUUUUCGGAAUUCAAACCUGGGCCGGGAAUUGUAAAACCUCCAAGAAGAGAACGACCCCAUCAGCUGGCGUGCGACCGGUGCAAGGGCCAGAAGCUGCGGUGCAUACGAUCCCCAAACCUUAGGGCUCCUUGCGAGAGGUGUCAGAAAGCGGGUGCAACAUGCAUCAUCGAUUUAUCGGUGCGCAUGGGCAGGCCCAAGAGAACAGACAAGGACCAGCGGGGAAGCACAGCUAGCCCCAACCCACCCCAACCAACACGCUCACCAACUUUGCCCAGUACAUCUCACACGGCCUCUGGGGGCUUCACCCCGAACGGCGACACUUGGUCGGGGCAUGACCUCGACGAUACGCCUGAUCCAACGCUGCAAGGCGUGCAGUAUCUGGAGUUCUUUGACAUUGCUCUCCAGGAUACCACCCCCGAGGAUGAGUCGUUGGAUAUGCCACCAGAAUACUAUCUCGACCCAAUCUUGGAUCUGUCCUUGGCCCAAUCCAUCCCAACUCUCACCACUCUCACCGACGAAGGCACGGCAGUCGAUACGGCAACAGUCAAUGCUUACAGCCGCUUCCCGCCGAUGCGCCAGGAAUCAACUCAGGAGUUGUCGAACCUGAAUCUGGAACUGUACCGACAAUUGGGCGUCGUGGGGUCGAUGGCAAGCAAGGAUGCGAACAUCCACCCGGGCUUGGCUACACCACCGGGCGGGACCCAUACCUCUCUCUCCGACGCCGUGGUCUUCAUGAUGCACGGCCUGCAGACAUACCACCGGCUCCUGGUCGAGAUUCUCGGGUUUACGGGGCCGACCCACGACGCCAUGUACUGCUCGCACGAGCACCCCAAGCCGAGCACUACCAGCCUGCUGAGCCCGGCCGAUGGGAUGGACAGCGAGGAUCCGAGGGGCCCCGUGUCCGAGGCGGCAAGUCGGCAGCCGCGACUAGCAAGCCAGUCCGACGGCAGUUCCGAGCUAACCGUGGUUCAUGACCCGUCUCACGGUGCCAGUGCCCUUCUUGACAUGCCCACGAGUCUUCUGCUGCUUUCCUGCCACGCCAAUCUCAUCUACUUUUGUCGAGACGCCUUCGCCGCCAUCCGGGCCGCGUUGCUCGCCACACAUUGCCCGAUCACCCUCUUCUCAAUCUCGUUCCUUCAUACGGACGAGGUGUCGAUACCACAGGACCCAAAUUUGCAGAUCAUCGUUCUCACCCAGGCUGUGAUUCGGCUGAUAGAGAGGAUUGGACGCUUGCUCGGCUACCCAGAUGACUGCGAGGACGAUUCUGGCUGCGAGAGAUGCGAGCCCAACUUGAGGUCUCACAACAAUGCGAUCCCCCCCGCGCUCCUCGAUCUCGUGCUGAGACGGGCAGCAAGCGGGGAAGGUCCGCUAGAUAGGGUAGGGAUUGGAGAACUGAGGGAAGAGAUUCGCGGGCUUUAUGAGCUUGUUUACAGGCCAGUAUAAGGGGAUCGACGUGCGACAUUGUCAAGCAACCUGGCCAGCAGGUAGCUUUUCCAAUGGGCAGUAGAAUCAAACUAUAUACUCGGGCGCGUAUUUAGUCAGUGCCAGCUAGAAGAAUCCACUGGCCAACCGCCCAUACCCCCCAACCUACUGAGGCCCACAGCUAGCUAGCGA